AUGGCUUUCCCUCGUAGAGUAGUAGCAAUCAUAGGAUCCGGUGGCAUGGGUCUUGCCUCUGCUCGCCGCCUUGCCCUCUCUUCAGCCCGCACAACUCUCUUCCUCUCCGACUUCUCCCAAGCCAACCUCGACAGCGCGGCCACAUCGCUGAGAAACGAUGGACACGAAGUUCAAACGCAGCUCAUCGAUGUCUCGGACUAUGCCUCUGUUCAGAAGUUUGCCUCUGCCGCUGCGCAAGCAGGAAGACUCGAAACCAUCGUUCACACAGCCGGUCUAUCCCCAGCCAUGGCACCCGCAGACCGCAUCUUCAAGGUCGAUUUACUCGGCACAGUCAACGUCAUCGACGCUUUCCGAGAGGUCGUGGCCCCGGGAGGCAGCAUGAUUUGCAUCGCGAGCAUGGCUCGCUUCGGCGCACAGCCAUCACCAGAUCUGGCAGCGCAUUUUGCCACGAGCAGGAGGGAUACAAUCCUGGAUAGGCCAGAGUUGAAGGAAUUGGUGGAGAAUAAUGACCCGUCCAUGGCGUAUUCGCUAUCGAAGGCUGCGAAUUAUCUGAGGGUUCAGGCGGCGGCAAGGGCUUGGGCAGAGAAGGGUGCUAGGAUCAACAGUGUCAGCCCGGGAGUUAUUCUGACGGCGAUGGUGAGACAGGAGUUGGAGUCGCCGCAUGGGGAGACGAUCAAGCAGAUUAUCUCUGGGACGCCGCUGCAGAGGGGAGGGACGGCGGACGAAAUUGCGAGCGUGGUUGCCUUUUUGGCUGGGAGCGAGGCGUCGUAUGUUACGGGGACGGAUAUUCUCGUGGAUGGGGGGACGAUUGCUGGGAAUAUGGGGGCUAUGAUGUCGGCAGCGAGGAAGUAG